CUAAUUACAAUUCGAUUCGUCAAACCUCAGCAGAUCCGAGUUUAGGGUCCUUUUGAUUUGGCGUGGAUGGCAUCGAAUCCUCACAGAGGCGGUGCGGGUGGUAGUUCCCUCUACGGCGGUGCGGCACCGUACAGAUCCAGAGAUGGGCUUAGCACUAGAAGUGGUGCUGGGUCAGAGGAAAUCCAGCUAAGGAUUGAUCCCAUGCACUCUGACCUCGAUGACGAGAUCACUGGCCUCCAUGGUCAAGUCAGGCAAUUGAAAAAUAUUGCUCAAGAAAUUGGGUCAGAAGCCAAGUUUCAGAGGGACUUCUUAGAUGAGCUGCAAAUGACUUUGAUCAGAGCGCAAGCGGGGGUGAAAAACAACAUAAGGAAACUGAACUUGAGCAUCAUACAGAGUGGCAACAACCAUAUCAUGCACGUGCUUCUUUUUGCUCUGUUCUGCUUCUUUAUUCUCUACAUGUGGUCCAAGAUGUUCAAACGAUGAAAGACUCGUCUUGGUAUUUGGUGUUAACCCCACGAAAAAAAUAACUUGAUGCAAUGUUGGAAAGUUGUAGAAAUAUCUUUUAGUUACGGUACGACAUUCUUGUGUGGUUCUUCUCGUUCAGUGUUGUAUAGAGUGCUUAUUUUGAACAAUUCAUAACCGCAGGCAAGAUUAUGUUACAUAACCACCGCUCGAGAUACUUUUAGCCUUUAUUUCA